GUUCCAUCAGUGCAAGUGUCGUGGGUUUGAAGACAAGUGUUGAUUUAGUCAGUGGUAUUUGAACUUUAGACUUUAUCAAGGGGAGGGAUUGGACGUCGGAAAUGGCCACUGUGAGGAAAAACACACUAGAAUAGUUUCGAUUAGCUCACGGAAAACAUUUUCUGCUUCUCAGAAAGGAGAAACUGACGUUAAACUAGCGUUCUGAGAUCUGUGAAGCCUCAUAAUCCGCAAGAAAUGAGUGUAGACGGCUUGAAUUAGGCUACUUUGAAGAGCUGUGCGGACAACAGUUGAUCCGGCACCGGUUGAUUCACCUGAGAGACAGAUUUGAACAUUUAAAGGCUAGUAAAGAGAAGUGACUGAGGACGAUGGUUUUCUAAGGUUAUGUAAGCCUCUUUAAUUUUGAUCUUAUCUACGUAAAUAGCCAAACUCGCCGGGGACCCGCCAGUAUGUAUGAGGGGAACAGCAGUGGUCCCAUCAGCUGUGAGGAACACUGUGAUGAUGAACCUGUGGGGGAUGCAGCUCUGCCCUCAGAAGAACCAACAGAUUCAGACGGUGAUGCUUCAGGCAAUAAUGUAAGGAUUUCAGAUUCCCCUAAAAGCAGGAUAACGAGCCAGUUCCGCUCGAAUCUCGAGGAGCGACUGUCAAGACAUGGUGCUCGACCCGUGUCUCCUGCGUUCAGCGCCUCCUCGCGCAGAUCCAGAUUUCACAAACAGCUGGAGGAACGCGGCAGCAGCGCCUCCCGCAGACAAUCAGUCGAUAAACUGGAGAAGGGCUCCCUCACACCCUCUAUGCGAAAGAAGUAUUUGAAAGAGUUGUUUUUGAAUAAUAAAUCCGGAUUGUCAAGCAUUUUAUCAUCCAAACACGAAUCGUCAGAAGCAGAGGAGGCACCGUAUGGAGACACUUUGAACAGUGGCGCGUUCUGGGCUUUGGAUCCUAUGGAGCACGCGUGGAUGCUUUCUGUUGUGGAUGGAAAUUAUGAAACUAUGCUGGAAUUCCUCGCCGAGGAUCCCAGUUUAUUGAACAGAAAAGACUUUAUCAGUGGUUUUACAGCUCUCCACUGGUUGGCCAAAAAUGGAAAGGACGAGACGCUGAUUCAGCUUCUCAGGCAUGCAGAAAAAGAGGGGCUCUCAGUGAAUGUGAACUUGAGAGGCAGUGGAGGUCUGACGCCUCUUCAUGUGGCUGCCAUGCAUAACCAGUACACGGUCGUGAAGGCGUUGGUCGGUGCAUUUAGUGCUAAUAUAGAUGUCCUGGACUACAGUGGGAAAAGAGCAUGGCAGUAUCUCAGAGGCAAUGCACCUAUAGAAAUGAAGGAGCUUCUGGGAGCUUGGGAUGAUGAACACUCUGUAGGGUACUUGAAUGUGAACAACAGUGCGAAUCAAGCACAGCCAGAUGAAGACCAUACUCAAGAAGAUAGAGUCGAGGUGGACGGUUCAGGAGGAAUCACACGCCAGCGAUUCUCAUCCUUUAAGAGGCUUUUAUACAACGUUGGUCUGUUUGAAAAUAUCUGAGACUUUGCCAAAACCAUGUUUUCAGGUCAUUGUCAAACAAUUAAAAUUUGCUCCUUUAACAAAA